AGCUCGGUUCGCUUCGAUUCAUCGCACGCAAUGGCAGGACAACUGGUAGCAAUUCUUCUCGCCCUGGCCGCGCUGGCUGCAGCAAAGCCCUCCAGCAACCGUAUCGUUGGCGGCGAAGAAGCGAUCCCGCACGAGUUCCCGUACCAAAUUUCGCUGCAAAUCAACUACAACAAACCGGGCCGUCGACCGUUUCACUUCUGCGGCGGUUCACUGAUUGCCGAACGGUUCGUCCUGACGGCCGCCCACUGUGUUCCGAAAGAUCUCGAGCAUGGCUCAGUGCCCGAAGCCGUCGCGGGAGAGCAUGACUUUAGCAAGGACGAUGAGCGGAUCCAGCGCCGGAAAAUCGUAAAGUUCUAUGCCCACAAGGGAUACAACGGUGGAAUUGGCCCGGACGACAUUGCCGUGUUCCGCGUCGACCGUCCCUUCCAUCUGAACGACCACGUGCAGCUGAUCAACCUGCCGGAAGCGGACGCCGUGCCGACCGGCAUGUGCACCAUCAGUGGCUGGGGAUCAACGUCGUUCUCUCCGUUCCCUAGCUACCCCAACGUCCUGCAGAAAACCUCCAUCCCGGUGAUGGAUCUGGAAGAGUGCCGUGAGAUCUACUACAAUAACGACAUUGCGGACAGCAACCUGUGCGCCGGAACGAUCGAGGGUCUGUCGAGUGUCUGCUCGGGCGAUUCCGGUGGUCCGUUGGUGCAGAUCGAAGAGGAUGGUUCGUUCGUGCAGGUGGGUACCGUUUCCUGGGGAGGCAUACCGUGCGGAGGCUUCAGGAAUCCCGGAGUGUUUGUUCGUGUAUCAUCGUUUAUUGAUUGGAUUAAUGAGCAACUCGAGCACUAGAGAGCGUUCGAACGAUUACAUGUCGGUUUCGAUUUAAGCGCCUACGAAUAAACUUGUCAAGUACAGAUACUUCA